CAGCUGUGACAAGGCUUCAACCCGGUGGUGUGUGUGUGUCAGAGCAAAACAGAACACACACAUUAUUGCAUUGUGUAGUCAGACAGGGACACUGACAGAGACUCUGUGAUGUCUGUCUUUGUGAUACUGGGGCUGCUGGUCUGCAUAGAGGCACAAGGGUCCAGUGCUCUGACUCUUGUGAUUGUGAAGAAGGGAGGGGAUGUGCUUCUGGAGGUCAUAAAUGCUGAUGGUCUUAAGGAUUUUUCUUUUGUUGAGUGGAACUUUAAGAGAACAGCUAUUUUGGUGAGAUUUUCACCUGGAAGAGAUCCAGUAGUCUCUCCUGGUUACACUGGAAGACUUGAGUUUCCUGUGAAAAACUACUCUGUGAAUCUGAAGAAUCUGCAACAUACAGACAGUGGAGUUUAUACUGCACGAGUAUUCGGCUUUAAAGGAGAACAAACACUGGCUAAAUACAUGGUCAUAGUUCGAGAUCCAGUGUCUCCAGUUGACCUGACAGUGGACUCUGUGUCCAACAGCUCAGACUCCUGUAAAGUCACUGUGACCUGCAGAACACAGGACUCUCACAUCAGCAGCACUUUUAGAUGUGACACCCAGACCUGCAGUCAGGAGGGAGGAGAGCAAUCAAAGGUCACAACCUCUGGUGCUUCUCUCCAGGUCUACCUGGACCUGAAUGGCUCAAUCAUCUGUAACCACAGCAACCAGGUCAGCUGGGCAAAAGACAUUAAAAUGACUGAAAAAUUCUGCCCCCAACAUGCUGAUUCAGAGAGUCUCUCUCCUGGUAUCUCUGUGUGCCUGGUGAAGACAGUGGUGUUCUCUGUUGGUCUGAUCAUCAUGGUGUCUGCCGUCAUCACUGUUCACCUCAUGGAGAAACUCAAGAAGAAAAAAUGAACAAAUAGUUUUCCACAAACCAAUCUUACAUAUCUCUCACAGCUUUUAGUUAAAGGUAGCCUGGGGAGUUUUUGACCUCUAGUAGCACUAUGGAGCAGUUGUUUUAGUGAGAGGGUGUCUGUAUAUAUUGUGCAUGCGAGCUCUCAAGGGGAGAUGGUGCACAUUACUGCCACUGUUUUCAUGCUAUUCUACUGACUGACACUUGGUGGCAGUAACACACCAAGAAAUGUAGAAAUACACCAACAAAGGCGAGGAGUUAGAAGAGUCAGCAAACGUGGAUGUAAACAGCAUAUAAAAUAUUCGUGAAAAAAAAAUUGGAAAAGCAAUGGAUUCAACAUGUUUGUGAGGUUUCAAAAAUAUUCACAAUGCAUUUUUAGUGAGUAAAAUCUAAUGUAGAAAUUGUUCUUCACAAGAAAACUCCACAGUGCACCUUUACUACACAUGCUGAUUAUUCUUGAUGAUCUAUAAUCACUGUGUUUACUGUUUGUAAAAUAAUUGUACAGAGAUGAGCAUGUCUAAAAACGUUUUUGGAGGAUGUUAUCUUGGGGAAAAAAACUUUCUAUUUGUAUAUGAUUAAGACCAACAAGGACAAUGGGCCCCUGGGCUCAAACAUGCAAAAGGCCCUACCACCUUUCCUACACAGAAGCAAGACACACAGACUUUAUUAUUGUUUUGCCUCUUUAGUUUUCAUUAUUUUGUGUCUCUUUGCAGUUCUUUCGCAUCUCUUUGUGGUCGUUUUGAGUUUUCUCCUGCUCGGUAUGUGUUGAUUUGAGUGACAUUUUGCAGGUGAAGGCCCCUGACACUUUGGGCCCCUGGGUCUGUGCCCACUCAGGAAUCCAUUCAUGCAUGUGGUCCUACUUGCAAUAUUCUAAAAAAGAUAGCAUGUAUAAGUGUGUGUUUAUAUGUACAGUAUGUUUCAGAGUUUGUUGAAUCAUGUGUAAAUCUGGUACAUGCACCAUUACUGGACACUUACUAAAGCUAUAUAAUCAUCGUAUAUGUUUUGUGAAUGUGUUCAUAAAUAAAAGCCUAAAGAUCCCC